AUGCCUUCCAUCUGUGAGGGUUGCAGUAAUUCAUUCAAUCGAAAUGGAUUAUACUCUCACCUGCGACAGAGCAAAAACCCUCAUUGUCGUGCAUAUCUUGCUCGCCUUGAUAACGAUGGAUCAGACCUUUCUAGUUGUGGUUCUGAUCAAGAUGGGUCUGAGGAUUCCGAUCUGAGUUUGCCUUCUCGUUCAGAAGUAGCAGGGGGGGCAAUGGACACGAGCACAUUACCUUCCAGUACACCGAUCUUUGGCCCAGCGGUUCCUACAAUGCCGCCACAUGGAAAUGAGCCCAUUUCUUCAAUGAACGUUGAUCCUUUGGGAGACUUCUAUGGUGACUAUGGCGACUACUCGAUGGAUGAUUUUGGUAUGGAUCUUGAAGGCAGUGGGAGUGAAUCUGGUAGCGAAGAAGAUUGGAUUGCAGAAGAGGAUUCCGAUGAGGAAGGGGAGAAUGGGAUAGAUGAUGAAGGGAUCGAUGCAAGUCUCGCAGAUGAGGAAGGAGGAUUGGAACCGAAGCGCGCAGGCUCUGAGGUCCCCGCUGUCGAAGAACCGGACCAUGACAUCCAGGGGCCAGCUGUGAGGCUGCGCGGUGGAGAGGAAGCAGCGUUGCAAAACAAGCCAUUCGCCGUUCAGUUUCCCAGGGAAUCUGCAGGUGCAGUUCAUGCACGUGGUGAUCGCGACCAAAACGCACAGUACUUCUCAGCCGUAGGUGAAGCCGACAAUCCCUAUGCACCAUUUUGCUCGAAAAUGGAGUGGGAUAUUGCACGAUGGUCGAAGUUACGAGGUCCCAGUUCAACAGCGUUCACUGAACUGAUGGCCAUUGAGGGGAUCAUUGAAACUCUUGGCCUCUCAUUCAAAAACACCACAGAGCUUAACAAGCUCAUUGACAAGUCUUUGCCGGGUCGACCUGGCUUCAAACGGCACGAGAUCAUGGUGGGAUCAGAAGUCUGCGAGGUGUACUUUCGAGACGUCAUACCUUGCAUCAAAGCACUCUUUGGCGACUCGGAUUUCUCCCCGUAUCUGGUUUUCCGCCCCGAGAAACACUACACAGAUGAAAGUAAGCGAGUACGCAUGUACCAUGACAUGCAUACAGGUCGGUGGUGGUGGUCAACACAGGAAGCGCUCGAGAAAGACAAGCCUGGUGCAACCAUCGUUCCAAUAAUUGUCUCCACUGACAAGACUCAACUCACGCUUUUCAAAAACAAGACUGCUUACCCCCUUUAUUUGACGAUUGGAAACAUUCCGAAAGAAAUCCGCCGAAAACCGUCUUUUCGAGGUUAUAUUCUCAUUGCUUACCUUCCGAUGGCCAAGUUGGAGACUGUCGUCAAUAAGGCUCAACGACGACGCCUUCUCGCCAACUUGUAUCAUGCAUGUAUGAAGAAGAUUCUCCAACCGUUAGAGUCCGCUGGCAUUUCAGGCGUGUCUUUGACUAGCGGCGAUGGCGUCACACGUCGGGGACAUCCAAUUUUAGCUGCCUUUGUUGGAGACUAUCCUGAGCAGGUCCUUACAACAGGAACGUUCACUGGCGAGUGCCCUUCAUGUCUCGAAGAUCGUAACUCUCUGGGAGAGUAUGAUCCUGAUGUCCCCCCUCAGCUUCGGGAUCUGGACCGAAUCUUGAAAGCACUCGAGAGCUUUGAGGAUGACCCUGCUGGGUUCCUGAGGACCUGUGCAGAUGCGGGUAUCAAACCCCUCGCUGAACCGUUCUGGAAGGACCUCCCCUAUGCCAACAUUUUCCGUUCCAUCACCCCCGACAUUCUUCAUCAACUGUAUCAGGGCAUAAUGAAACACCUGAUUUCCUGGAUCAUCGAAGCUCUUGGGGCUGAAGAAAUCGAUGCUCGGUGUCGCCGAAUGCCUCCCAACCAUAAUCUGCGACUGUUCACCAAGGGAAUAAGCUCGUUAUCUCGCGUCACCGGUCAGGAACAUGAUCAAAUGUGUCGCAUUCUCCUUGGUCUUGUCCUUGACAUCCCCCUCCCCGAUGGCAUUUCAAGCGCUCCACUUGUACGCUGCGUCCGAGCGCUUCUCGAUUUCCUUUACCUCGCCCAAUACCCUGUUCAUACCGACGAGACCCUGGAGAUACUCAUCAAACUGUACGGUACAACAGAUAACUUCAACACUGAGUACACGGAACGGCUACAUAUCGACCUCGCCAAAGAUGCCUACGCCGCCACCAAUUUCAAAGAUGAAUUCGCACAGAUGACAUUGUGGCUCGAACGGAAAGAGAAGAUCCAACACCACGAUCAAUACGUCAAAUGGCGCUUGAGUGGAUCACCGCCCAUUGAACCACGUGAGUGGAUUCCUCCAGGGUUGGAGCUUGACCGAAAGCUUUCAAUGGCGAAACACCCCAGUGCUCGCGCUGUCCCACUUGACCGUCUUGAAAGGGAUUACGGUGCCAAGUUUUUUCGAGUAGCUCUGCGGCGUUUCAUUGCGCGCUCAAACGAGCCUCACCUCAACAAAAGACAACUUGAAGAAAAAAUAUGGCAUAUCCAUCUCCCAUUCCGCAAACUACCUGUUUGGCACAAGAUUAAGUAUACUCGUCAGGAUCCAUUCACCCACGUCACCAUCACCGCUGACUCAAUCCAUGUCCGACAUGCAACAAACGAUAAACAUGGCCGUCCAGUUCCUGGAAGGUUUGACACGGCACUUGUCAACGAUGGGACUGGGCGUGAGACUGGAAUCCAAGGUUACCGAGUUGGUCGGAUCCGUGUCGUAUUCUCUUUGCCCCAAUCCUCUCUCUCGCGUUUAUUCAAUGAUGGUAUCAAUAUCCCAUCUCAUCUCGUCUACAUUGAGUGGUACACAUCAUUCCCUGAUUCACCUGAUCCCAAUCACCUCUUGUACCCCGUCUCACCCGCAAAGGAUCAGGAAGGUAAUAACAUCUGUAGUAUAGUUCCACUUGCUAAUCUUCGCCGAAGUAUUCAUCUGCUGCCGAAGUUUGGGAGAGUAGCACCCAAGGAGUGGACGAGCAGUACAGUACUCGACCUCUGUGGUCAUUUUUAUGCCAACACCUUCACUGACCGUCACUUAUAUCGUAUCAUGUACUAG